AUGCCUACCUAUGCAAAAUUUUUGAAGGAUCUUCUAUCCAACAAGAGUAGGCUUGAAGAGAGUGCAACCAUCUCCCUUCCUAAGGAGGUGAGUGCAAUCAUCCAAAACAAGCUUCCCCAAAAGCUUGGUGACCCCGGUAGCUAUGCAAUACCGGUGAAGAUUGGAGAUUUGGAAGCUAUGGAUGCUUUAUGUGAUCUUGGGGCAAGUGUGAGCUUGAUGCCCUAUUCUAUUGCAAAGACCUUGAAAGUUGGAGACUUGAAACCAACAAGAAUGUCCUUACAACUAGCCGACCGCACGGUUAGGCUACCUUUGGGGAUUCUUGAAGAUGUGCCAGUUCAAGUUGGAAGAGUAUUUGUGCCGUGUGAUUUUGUAGUAAUGGAGAUGGAAGAAGAUUCAAGAGUACCCCUCAUUUUGGGGAGACCAUUUUUGAACACCGCGGGAGUGGUGAUUGAUAUGAAGGAAGGAAGAUUGACUUUAAAUGUGGGAGAUGAGAAAAUUUCAUUUUCAUUCUCACAAACUUUAAAAAAGCCAUUGAUUGAUGAAGUUCAUAGAAUUGACACAUUGGAGAGGGACUUAGAAGAGUUCCGAGAAAGAUUGUAUGAAAGAGAUCCUUUACAAGCUACCCUAACGGGAAGCUUUGUUGAGGAGGGUGAAGAAGCAAAGGGGUAUGAUCUCUUGCUCAACCAACCUUUGGCCCACGAGAUGAUAAAAUUUGAAGUGCUUAACGUGGAGGCAAAAGAGGAGUGGACCUUUUACCGUCAAGAAGGUGUUCCCAUAUGGUGCAAUCGAAAUUGCCAAAGAGAAUGGUGA